AUGUCCUACACGUUUAAACUAUUUAAAUUAGCUAAUAAAGGGAAUAUUAAAGUAGUUCUUUUACUAAGUAUAUAUUUCUUAGGACUUAAGGAUAGUUUACUACUACUAUAUAUAGCUAAUAUAGGUAAAGUUAUAAAAUUAAUAUAUUACUUUAAAUCUAGAUAUAUAUAUAACUAUUUCCUUAAUAUUAUUAUAGUCUUUACUAGACUAGAGCCUACUAAAAAGCUUAUAGAUAAAGCUAGUAACAUAAUAAGUAAAUAUCUUUUAUAUAAAGGCCUAGAUUAUUUUUAUCUUUUCUCUAUACUAGCCUAUCUUAUUUUCCUUUUAUACUUUAUUAAUAAAGUAAUAGGGUACCUAGGUAAGUUAAUUAAAGUUAGUAACUUUUUUAGUAUAAGAAAUAAUAACUUAAAAGCUAGAAUAGUAAAAGUAAUAAGCUUAAUUACGUUAGCUACCUAUAGACUUACCUACUAUAUUACUUAUUUUAGUAAUAGUAAAUUUCCUUCUUUAAAGAUUUUACUAUUAAAAGUUAUAUCUUAUACUAAUAAUAAGUACUUAUUAGUUUUAGAGAAACUUAUAGUAUACUAUCUAGUUUCUACUAAGGUUAAGUAUUAUAUAUAUAAAAAGAAAUAUCUAGUAACUAUACCUAGCGGCAGCGCUACCUACUCUAAAGGCUACGUUAAUAUUAUCUCUUUAAGCCUAGUAGUAGCUGCCUAG